UGAAGGCCCUCACCAGAGAACCCAUCUUUGGUGGAGUGAAAUUCAGCUACCAGCAUUAGAUUAAUCUUCUCUUAUCACUCGCCAAUUUUUCCCAAAAAAAUGUCUGGUUGCGAUAAUCCGAACUGUAGCUGUGGCUCCAACUGCUCCUGUGGCAAAGGCUGCAACUGUGCGUACCCUGAUUUGGGUUACUUAGAGACUGCUUCUACUGAGACCAUCAUUACUGGGGUUGCACCAGUGAAGAUGUUCUAUGAGGGGUCUGAGAGGAACUAUGGAGCAGAGAAUGGCUGCAAAUACGGAGCAAACUGCCGCUACAGUUCAUGCGGCUGGCAAAAAUGAUCAAAAGCCGCCAUGCAUGGGGUCUCUAUAAAUAAGAAAAGACUGUAAAAGCUGAAGUGUUAGGUUAUUGUAAAAUAAUAAGAUUGCCAUUUGAUCUGCAAAUCCAUGAUCUUCUAGCUAGGGAGAGCUAGCUAGCUAGGGUUUCUGAUUUGCUUUGUGGCUUGUGAGUUGUGGCUGCCUUUGUAUGUUACAAUCCUUCUUAAAUAUAUGUGUGUGUUGUUGUGCUUUCUUUUA